GUCUAGUUUUCUGCCAAAUCUCAUUUCAGUAUGGAAGAUUCAGCUUCAAAAGACGCAGGUAGAGGAGUAAAUGGACAGCGCACAACAGACGGAUCGCCUUCUGCUGCUGCUGCUGCUGCUGCUGCUCACACUGUUGAGUCGCACUGCAGAUCCUGCUUGAGAAGCAUUGAGCUCUGGCUACCUGUGGACUAUAAGAAUGAAACAAUCCAGCUUUUCAAACUAGCGGGACCUGUGUUCAUUUCACAGGUGAUGAGCUUCCUGAUCGGCUUCGUCAGCAUGGUGUUCUGCGGCCACCUGGGGAAAACGGAGCUGGCGGGGGUGGCGUUAGCGAUUGCGGUCAUAAACGUCACAGGCAUUUCCAUUGGCAGUGGAUUGGCAUCAGCAUGUGAUACUCUCAUAUCUCAGACUUAUGGGAGUGGUAACCGAAAGCGCGUCGGAGUGAUACUGCAAAGGGGGGUUUUGAUUCUGCUUCUGGCCUGUUUCCCCUGCUGGGCCGUCCUCAUUAACACUCAGCCCAUUCUGCUGGCUGUCAGGCAGAGCACAGAGGUCGCCAGACUCUCCCAGCUGUAUGUGAAAAUCUUCAUGCCGGCUCUGCCAGCUGCCUUCAUGUACCAGCUGCAGGGGAGGUAUCUUCAGAAUCAGGGCAUCGUUUGGCCCACGGUGGUAUCUGGAGCCGCGGCGAACACUUUGAAUGCAAUAAUCAACUACGUCUUCCUCAUCCAUCUGGAUCUGGGGGUUGCUGGAUCUGCCGCUGCAAAUGCCAUCUCUCAGUAUUCCUUGGCUGUGGUCUUGUUUGUGCACAUCUGUUCCAGAGGACUACACAAAGCUACGUGGGAUGGCUGGUCAAGAGACUGCCUGCAGGAGUGGGGUCCUUUUCUCCGCCUGGCCAUUCCCAGCAUGAUGAUGCUUUGCCUGGAGUGGUGGCUGUACGAGAUUGCAGGGUUCCUGGCAGGCAUCGUCAGCGAGGUUGAGCUGGGAGCGCAGUCCAUAAUUUAUGAAUUGGCUACAAUCGCUUUCAUGUUCCCGCUGGGUUUCUCCAUUGCUGCCAGUGUUCGCGUUGGGAAUGCUCUCGGGGCUGGGAACACUGAGCAAGCCAAGCUCUCCAGCAAGGUCUCCGUCAUCUGUGCACUCAUUGUGUCAUGUUUCAUCGGAGCGUGUCUCAUUGUGUCUAAGGAUGUGGUUGGUUACAUUUUCACUACAGAGAAAGACAUUAUUCAGAGAGUGGCGGAUGUCGUGAAGAUUUACGGCUUCAUUCACGUCACGGAGGCCUUCGCGUGUGUGACCGGAGGGAUCAUCAGAGGGGCAGGGAAACAAAUGGUUGGCGCUUUGUGCUACUUGGUGGGUUACUACUUCAUUGGGUUCCCCAUCGGUGUGUCUUUAAUGUUCCCUCUCAAAAUGGGCAUCAUAGGGCUGUGGUUGGGGUUUUUAAUUUGUGCUUCGUUACAGUCCAUUUCCUUCAUAGUUUUCCUGUGUAAAUUGAACUGGAUAAAAACCACUGAAGAGGCGCUUUUGAGAGCAGGGAUCCGCGUUACAGAGGGCAACGAGAUUUUCGUGAUCGAUAACAAAGCUGUGGACAAUACAAACUGCCUUGAAAUGACCAGUCCAUGUAAUUCAGCGAAGGGCAAAGUACUGGAAGGGCUCGAUGCAGGUCAGCAAAGCUCCGAUGACGUGGCUCUGUCAGUCAGGCAGCUGGUGGUGCGACGUGGCCUCGCUGUGCUGCUCAUGUUCAUCAUCCUCGCUGUUGGAGUGUGCAUCAGCGAGCUGCUCAUCAGGCGGCUCGAAUAAGACAAGUGACCAUGAACCAUGGGGCGAGCUGUGUGAGGCUGCCUUUGUAGUGGCAAACGUCCAUACUCACACUUUUACAAAACAUCAGACCAUUUAUUAUACAUUAGUCAUGGGAAACGUGUCAUAUAACACUGACACAAGUAUAAAGUGUCCCGUAACUGCAUCGAAUAAGUGGAAUUAUUGCAACCUGUGGAAAAGGUGUUGCGUGACUUUGUUACAUGUUGAUUAUUCCUUAACUUCCUUAAUUCUUUGUACAGGAUAGGGGAUUUAAAAUGGAAUUUAGUCAUUGUAAUAGCGAUUCUUCCUCAAAUGUAAAAUAAAUAGGUCAAUCCACGCCACUAUUGCAUUUCUUUACAUUGACAUAUUUAGGAAAGUAUAAUAGAAAACACAAUUCAUAUGAUACAAAAUACUGUAUGAGGAUAUCUUCUUUAUAUAGAAAGAUGGUUUGCAAUCAAGACUCUGACAAAAUGUUCUCAUUAUGAAAUAUAUAGUCUGAAUGGAUGCCACAAUUAGAAAGAGCAUGAUUAAAUGCUAUAUUAAGGCUACAGCGCAUCCGUGGAUGUAUGCUUUCAUCAUCAAAGACAGAACAGAUGCUCUUCCCUUUUUGGUGUAAUUUUUUCCUAUCCUUUGAUCUGUGUUGCCAAAUUUGAAGAUAAUGAAAGGUCUGUACACUCACACACUGUGUGACGUGCUGGCUGGAUGAGGACAUGUCAAACCGAGUAGACCAACCAAGAGCAGUUAACAACCAGCUCAGAGCUCAACAUGGUUCAAAGCAAUCUGUCAGGCACGUUUUCUGAGGUACCUUUAAAAGCAUUGACUGGUCAGUAUGGGAAAUCAAACUUUGGUGUUCGUUGGAUAAAGAAUUAAAUAUAGCUUUGCAUA